UAUAUAAUUUGAAAAACAGAACCAAGAACGUUUCUGAAGGCCGUAUAAAAAAUGUACAUGAUAUAUUGCUUUAUGCAAAGUUUUUUUUCUUACAUUUAACGUGAAUGUUUAAUGGAUAUCAUGUUAUAUCCGUGCAGCUGAAUUCUCAAUUCUGAUUGGUCCAUAGGCUCUGACAGUCGUUCCGUCAUCCUAAUUAAUAUAUUUCCAUGUCUAUAAUAACAGUUGGAUCAUGGGGGUUGUAACUAUAAUCGGAUAAAAAGUAUGGUUUUGUUUUAUAAUUAAUAAAUUGUAAUUGUUCUCAGAUUGCUUUGGGAUAAGAGAAAUAUUCAGCCCAGGAGUGGUAACAGAAAUGAUCAACACCUCAUUGAUUAGUAUUCUAUAACAGUUGUUUUAUUUCUUUCUUAAUUUUUGUAAAGAGGCUGACAGAAAACCUGUCUGUUAGUUUCCUCACAUACAUUUAUUAACAUAUUAUAGUACACGCAGAUAGCCUCCUGGUGGUCCAGUGACAGGAUCCCGCGCCGUGGCCCGGGUGCGAUUCCUUGACAGGGUGCUAACUCAGCCACUGAAGAGCUAAGGCCUGGGUUAAAUGGGAGGGUUGCUCAGGAAGGGCAUGCGGGGUAAAACCUGUGCCAAAUCGUAUAACAUCCGGACCAAAUGAUCUGCUGGUGGGGUUGGUGACCCCAAACAGGGAGCAGCGAAAGAACAAGUACACGUAGAUGUUAAGCCUAAUUAGAAAUAGGUCAACCUUAAUACCUUCAUAUGCUUCUUUCUAUAUGCCAUCCACAAGAGAGACUGAACACCAUCUAAUUUCCCUGUGGAUGUGUGACCAAAAAAAAAGAGAGACUCUUCUAUCUCUGCAGUUAAUUGAUCUGUUGAAAAUAAAAAUAGCAGUACUGGGAGCGUGCUCUCACUUCCCUUUAACGUAGAGAAGUUCAGUUCGGCGGAUAAAAGCGUGUUCAGUGUCACACUAUCCGUCACCUGGAAGUCGCACAAUAUACCUCUUUAUGCAAACAGAGAAGUUGGAGGCGUUUCCUCCUAAUUUGCCUUCUGAGGUCAUCAUGUUUUGUUGAGCAAGGACCAGUCUGCCUGCCUGCCUGAUGUACCCUCCCUGUUUUAGAGACAUUUUUGCUUUUAAAAAUAGCAUGGGACGUGCGCUAAUUGUAAAUACCUCUUCAAUUAUGCUGUUGCAGAUUGGGUGUAGCGUGGCUUUUGAGAUUUCACGCCCGACUAGAAUGUCAGGAGGCAAAAUCCGGCGUCAAAAGAAAUUAUUUUUAGUCAUUUCUUGCUUUGCAAAAGAAUGUUCAUUUCAUACCAGUGAUUUCUGUACUUCCGGUUUAAUCUCAGGCCUUAACUUUCAUGGAGGCAUAAUGCUUAAUCAUUAUCGUUAUCAUGGUGAAGGACGUCAUUGUACGGUUCAGAGUGCAGUUACUCUCUAUCUCUCUCUCUGUCUCUCUCACACACACACACACACACACACACACACAGAGUAUUGAAUUCUGCUUCUCCUUUAUUUUAGCACUUGUUGGUUUCGAGUUACUGUCCCACUUCAUUGUAACGUUGAUACGGGAGCAUUAGCUGCUGCUCGCCUUUGCUCUCCACCGUGUCCUUUGUCUAUUUUGAAGGUUUACACUUGAACACGGUUUCAUUCACAUACACUGAUUUAUACACUCAAAAAUGUGUAGAUUUGUGUAGAAGUGUUAAAUGAAUAUUCCAGUGUGUGUAUAUAUUGUAAUUUCUUAUUUUGUGUCUGUAGAGUAUACAUGAGCUCCAUAUAUCUAUAUGUUUAUAAAAAAAAAGCAGGUCUUGGAGCAUUUGUUCCUAUGUGGUCAGACGUAACACACAAACGGACAAACUACUUUCUAAAAAUAAAGCUCAUAGGAUGGGACAAUUCUGCGAUAUUUUAGUUAUUUUCUCAACAGGAAGCGUGUCACUUCUUCUUUGUGUAAUCUUGCAUCCACUAUGAACGUGGUAGACAGAGAGUAGGUUGAAAAACCUGUACAUCUUUUCACUUCCUGAUAUUUAGUAUGAAUGCUGAAUAAGUAUGAAUUUCUGAGUGCCCACAAAGCAUUAAAAUGAUAUAAUAAUAUUUGUACAUGCCCUAGUGUUGAUCUGUAAGGCUUAUUAACUAGGAGUUUCUCUGGAUAUGAGAAUGCUUGUGACUUCAGGUUCAGCCUUUCUCCCGGGUACACUAAAAGUCCAAAGCAGACGAGUGUAGAGUUACGUCCUGCUCUGAAGUCCUCCACGUUGUGAAUUAUUUAUUUUACUCUUUCUUGCUUUAAGAAGAUUCUCACUAGAAUGAUGAUGUUUGUUGUCUUAUCUCUAGUCCUGUUCUGCUUUUAAUUGUGCACGAUUCUGCACGUUACAUGGCCGUUCAUUUCUAUUGCUAAAUACGUUGCUAAAUAUUGUAUCACACCCUCAUUGAGAAACCCAGGAUAACCCUCAUUACACGAGAAAGCAGAUAGGACUGGCCGAACAAGUUUGACAGUCUGAUAUCCAGGAGUGUUUUGUCUGUAAACAUUGGAUCUGCAUGUAUAUGAAACCGUGGUUCCUGUUAACCCCUUAGACUUGGGUUAAAAUUGCCCUUCUCACGAAUGAAAUGUCAGGCUGUUUCCCAGAGCGCUAUCAUGUUCAGGGCUCACUUCUCAGGCACAUCCUUAAAUGGAGCUUGGCUGUUUUUCUUGGCUUAGUUGUGGCCGCCUGAUAAGGCGCUUGCAAUAACGGUCUCUUUUUUUUUUUUGCCCUCCCCAGAAGAAUCUGAGCUUUAGGUUCCCAUUUCCUGUGUUCUUAUCAAAGCCAUUUGGGUUCUGCUAGCUCAAAUUCUCCAGUAUGAAAAGCAGAAACUUUUGUUAGUCUCUCGCCACAAACCGUUAAAAAACCUCUUCAAGUCCUGCGUACUGUCCUUGCUUUACUUGGCACGGGUGUAUUACCCAUUGUGCAAGGUCAUUUUAUGUUAGCAGGUGGUUAGUUGUAUGUGUGGAGUUAUCAGAGAUAAGCUCUUUUAUCUCUACCUCAAAUAACUUGCCUAUUUUUCAUCUUUUUUUCUUGUUGCGCAACAAUGAAAUAUAGCCUUAGAUGUGAGGAAUGUUAAAUUUCUGAAAUUUAAUGAACACUUUUUUCUAGAUUAAGAUCUUUCUCCUUCACCUUCCUGGAAGGAACAUGAAGUCCUCAUGGGAUGGUGGCUUGUUUUCAGUGGCUACAGUGUGUCACGCACUGAUGCUUUUAUGACUCGAUUUACUUUCGGUGCACGUUAACCUCUUCAUACCUUGCUUGUUUGUCCUUAGACUGGUUUUUGACAUUCACUCCGAAUUGCUUGGCCUACCGUAUCUCGGUGGGAGCUGUCUUAUCAAAAUCCAAACAGCAAAAUUCUCCAGCGCCAAGUUUUCUAACUCUGAUGCUGCGUUUUCUUCCUUUUGGUUCUUUGACAAAAAAAAAAAAAAUAUCGUGUCCAUAUUCCAAACCAUUUUUAUAGCAACAGUCGUGUGCAUAUCUACAUUGACUGUUGCAAUAACAACAAUGUUUAUGUUCAGCAAAUAUUGCCUGAAUGUGGGAGCCAUCGUGUGGCUUCUCGGCAUUGCUGUAUCUUGUCAUCCCCUGGUUGAAAUGUUUUUUUAUCACAGCUGUGUGUGGGUGGAUAAAGGCAUGUUAUUCUACACUGAACAGCCUCUCCCGGACAAUCCUAUCUGCUAACUGAGCUAAACACAAGCUAAUUCCCAUGCUGAGAACAGAAAGCAAGUGCUGAUUAAGCACAAAGACGUAAUUGUCUCUCGUUUUUUUUGUUUUUUUUUAAUCAUCUGCUGGCUGUUCAUGACCUUUGAUUUGUUGGAACAGGCAGUCACUUCCAUCAGAAGUCAGCAUGACCAUUGGUUCAAGCUGCUGGAUAAGAAUGGUAAGGCAGACAAGGACAGAGGGGAGGUUCUCCUGGACAUCCAGUUCAUGCGGAACAACAUGACAGCCAGCAUGUUCGAUCUCUCUAGGCCAGAUAAGCCUCGGUCCCGUAUCUCCAAGUUCAAAGACAAGGUCCGGGGCAAGAAGAAAGACGGACUCUCUGACUCCGUUUCAGCCAUCGUUCCUUCCACAGUUAGUCAGGUCCUGACAGACAGCGAGGGGGAAGAGGAGCAAAGCACAGACUCUCCAAAACUGAAAAAGUCUUCAAAAUUCAAGAAUCUUUUUGGAUCGAAGACAAAUCUCCACAGAGGCGUGUCCCAGUCCAUGUCCACCCUCGGUACACUGCCUGAGAAGAACAGCUCGCUAACCAGCAGCCGAUCCUCGGGCCUCAACGAAGAAUUUACUGAAGGCAAAAGCAAGUUUAAGAUUCUGGGCCACAAGAGAAACAGUAGCACUGACAGCAAAAUAUCUCUUGGCCCUUUCAACCUGUUGAAUCGCUCCAAACAGAGCACUCCUGAACAGAACCUGUGUAUCAACGGCAGUCACGUUUAUACUGAGGAGACCAAGACGAAUUCUGGUUCCUCCCUCAGCCUGAGCGGCUCUGCAAAGGGCUCCGUAGAAGACCUGAGAAAAUACCAUGAACGAAAUGCAUCUGCUGGCUCCAUUGACUCUUUCAAGGGCCUCAGUAUUCCUAGUUACAAGCCUGACUCAACGGAGAAGGAAUUCCAAGCCCAACAACGCCCUCAAGAGGAUGACGACAAGAAGCACAAGAAAUCAGAAGGACGCCUGCAGGAGCUUUUGGAUGAGCAGGAGAGAAAGAGGCAGCUAGAGCAAGAGGAGAGAAGGAGAAAAAUGGAGGAAGAUGAAAGAAAGAUGCAGCAGGAACGAGAGAGGAAGCGCCAGGAGGAGGAGGAGCAGCAAAGAAAGAGGCGUGAAGAAGAGGCAAAGAAAGCAGAGGAACAGAAACGCCAAGAGGAGUCAAGAGUAACCGAUAGGCUCACUUCUCUUUUCGGCUUAGGGCGGAAGAAAGAGGAGCAAAUCUCUCCAGCUGUGGAGACUCCUAAACAACCUGAAGUACCAGGCGCCACAAACCCAUUUGAGGAAAUUCCACUUGGCUCAGAAGGCCAAAAUCUGUUUGAGGAGAAACCAGCAGAACCACAGACAGAGGUGCGAACUGCCAUCACUCCAGGGCCACCAUCCAGUGGCUUUCCAGCUCGUACAGCUAAGGUUUCUGCGGUCAAGCCGAGAUUGACUCUCAGUCAGAAGGCUGAAACAGAUAAUACUGAUUCCCUUGCCUCCCCUGUCCCCUCAGACACCCAGAACUCUGUUCCUGCUUCUAAAUUUCCCCCUGAAGCAUCACCUUCUAGUGAUCCUUUUGAUUUCGAUAUGUUUUCUAACCUCCACUCUUCUAUGGCACCUCCUAAACCAGAGAGAACCUUUUCAGACUCAAGAGGCCAACAGCCCCCCAGCUAUCCUGGGGAUCCAUUCAAAAACGAAAAACUUAAUCUAAAAAAUGGAACACAGGUCAAUUCACCAACCUCUGAAAAGAUUCAAAGACCAUCACUUCCUCUUCCUGACUACGAAGCACUUUUUCCCAAGAAGAGACAUGGUGUAAUGAGUGACACUCGUUGGGAACAUAUCAUUGCUGAAGUGAACCAGAGAAAGACGGCAGUCGAAGAAAGUCAAAGCGAAAUGAGCGUAGAUGGUCCCGAGGAACCAACCUCAAAUAAAUCUUCAAUUUUAAAGGAAAGGAAUAUGCCAAACCUUGAUCAGCAUCAGAGGGAUUAUCCGGUGGUGUCCUCUGCCUCCACAAAGGGAAUGGUGCCGAAGCAGCCUCUAAUUCCACCCAAACCAACUAAUUUUACUUCACCAAAGAAGCAGCUUGAGUCUAUUUCUGAGCAAGACUAUACCCAGGAACGAUUACCUUCUAUACAUGGUGAAAAGACCAAAACAGAUUUGGGAAGAAACCCAGGAAAAUCAGUUCAGAGUCAGCAAGACACUCAGAUGAAUGUAAAGGGAACUUUAAACCCCAUUCCUGACCACACACUUGGUCAAAUCUCAGACUCCAAAAAGGACAAACCAAUACCAAUAGCCAGGAAUAUUAAAAAGCCAACUUCAGAUCAAAACUUUGACGUUGAUACCGCAGGGUUGCCUCUAGCCAAACCUAGGCAAGGAACUCCAAAUAAAGAACCUGUCAGGCAGGUACAACCAGAGCAAAGUAUGCUCGCUUUUCCACCUUCAACAAAUUCUCAAGUGGAAAGAAAAAAAGAAGGUUCCACACCAACUAAGAGUUUGUGGGAGAGCUUCAAGGAAGGAAAGCCUAUCCCUGUAAAUAAACCCAAUAAAACUGCUAAUAUGCCAAAAGAACAACCACUUGCAAAUGUCACCAGUACUCCGGAGAAAAAACUAACGGAGUUUGACCCUUUCUCAAGUGACAAACUAAUCUCUCACGAUCCCUGGGCUUUACCACAACAGACCAUGGAUCAAGAUGACCUUUUUGGACUAAAGAAAGGAAAAAAGCCAGAAGACCAGGGAUUAUCCUUCGAUGACUUUGAUAACGUAUUUGGAUCUGUCGCAUCUAAAAAUGAAUUUGAUCCAUUUUUUGUACCCAAAGGUAAAGCAAACACUUUCUUUGACUCUGUGGGCUCUAAAAAUGACACAGAUUUGAAAAAAUCAGUUAACUCUUCCUCCCAAAAGGAAUAUUCACAAAAGAAAAAAAUAGCACCUCAACCCCCUGGGAAGCCUGGAAUGGGGAAAGAUACUGUGGACAGCCGAGUUCUUCAAGGGGCUGAUGAUGAAUUAUCUGUUACCUUGUCUUCAGCCAUUCCAGAACUCCUGUCUGGAAGUGGUGCUGGGGGCAAAAAUUGUGCUUGGGUAUCACCCUCUGAGGUUCAGUCAGGCACUUCACAAAAUGGUGGGGUAUUGUCCUCUCGCAGACCACAUCCGGUGAAACCUAUGAGUCCCUAUGAAAGCCAGAUUGGUAAUAGUUCCAUGGGAAAAGAUUUGAAGAUUCAAACGAUCCGAGAAGUGGCUGAAAAAUCAAAGCCAAUAGAGUGUGGCCCAUACACCCAGCUCACUCAGGAAGAGUUGAUCACCCUGGUAGUGAAGCAGCAAACUGAGCUAUCCAAAAAGGAUGAGAAGAUCCUUGAGCUGGAAGACUACAUCGAUAAUCUGCUGGUGCGGGUCAUCGAUGAAAAACCCAGCAUCCUGUUGGCAUUGAACGGCAAGGUUUAAGGAAAGACUUUCUUCACUGAAACACCUGUGAGGUUGAAUAUAACUGAACCUACUGUCUAUAGCACAAUGUUUUGAUGAGAGGAGCUUCCUAUGAACCAAAACUUCCGAAACUUUUGUUCCACCUUCAGGCUUUUUUAAGCUUGAUUUGGUUGAGCUUCACAUCACAGAGAUAAGACAUCUGUUGUUCUGGAAGUUUCAGGAUGACACCAAGGAAGGUCUUUUCUGCAUUAUUCAUAAUGAAAACGGUGACAUGAAGGAUUAUUUUAUGCUGGAAUUAUUUCAUGUGUUAUGUUUUAAUUCUCCACAAAGUAAUGGACAGAUGUGUGGAUUCAUUGUAUGAAUUGCAUUGUAUUUAUCUUUGGAAUGAUUCAUCUUUUAUCACUUCCUCUGACACUGAGCUGAGUUUGCCUGGGGUCUGGGUAGUUUUAAUAUUACAGUGGUGUUCCAGGAUUUUGACCCUGCUGCCUCAAAGAAAAUAAAUAAAUAAAUAUAUAAAUAAAGAUUGAUUUUGGCCAGACAAUUAGCAUAUGCGUUUAUAUAUUUAUUCAGUGCAAUGUCCAUAUGCCUUUUAUUUCACACCGUUAACACUGGAUCUUCCUAUUUUUGUCUGACCUUUGCCUGAGCGAACGGUUAGAAUUAGUUCAUUAUUCUCAAAUCUGCCCAAAAUGUACAAAAUUUAAUUUCCACGGUUGUUACACAUGCUUUAAGAUAUUCAUUGAUAUUUAUUGCCUUUGCUGCUGUCUUCAGUUUCGUUUAAGAGAAGCAAGACUUUUAAUCAUCUCCUCUUCUGUGUUAAAAUGUUUAUUUUCCUAAAAAUUUUCCUUAUGGUGUACUAAUAAUCGCAACUCUCAGGUCAUAUUCUGGUACUAUUUCAACACUAAUGUCUGUCUUCAUCAGUGUGACCUAAUCAUGGGUUGGUUAUAGUGGUGUUUCCUGAUUAAUACUCUGAGAUCAACUGCAAUAAUCAUUUAUUUUUUUUAAACCUGUCCCUUUGUCUAACAAUUUCUUUCUACAUUCCAAUGAUCAAAUAUAUAUAUUUUGGAUAAAGCAUGUGUAUUGUUCAAUAGAUCAUUUUUUUAUGCUUAUUGCAUUGAGACAAUAGCUGACUGUACAUUUAUUAUGCUCUAUAAAAGUGAUUAAAAAAAAUGAUUUAUACAA